GCCUCCCUCUUAUCUAUAGUGGUAGUGUUGAGAGUGAGCACAAGUGUCGGGUGUGGUGUGGGAUAAAGUGCAGUCUGUGCUGAUGUGUUCCACGUUUUGUUCUUCUAUUCCCCGUCACUUGAACCUUACAUCCAUGAUGAUCAUGAAGCCACGAGCUCAAGCUAUAACGGAGCCACCGUCGCGGGUUGGUUUUCUGGGCAUCGGAAUCAUGGGCUCCCCAAUGGCCCAUAAUCUCCUUAAAGCUGGGAUUGAUGUCACUAUUUGGAAUAGGACCAAGAGCAAGUGUGACCCUUUAAUCAGCCUUGGAGCAAAAUAUAAACCCUCUCCUGAAGAAGUAGCAGCAUCUUGCGAUGUCACCUUUGCCAUGCUUGCUGAUCCUCAAAGUGCAUUGGAUGUUGCUUGUGGGAAGCAUGGAGCUGUGAAUGGAAUGGAUUCAGGGAAAGGAUACGUGGAUGUUUCAACUGUUGAUGGGGACACUUCUAAAUUGAUUAGUGGGCACAUCAAAUCCACUGGAGCAUUAUUUUUGGAGGCUCCAGUUUCAGGUUCAAAAAAGCCAGCAGAAGAUGGGCAAUUGAUAUUUCUUACAGCAGGGGACAAACAUCUUUAUGAUACAGUUGCUUCUCUCUUGGACAUCAUGGGGAAAUCUAAAUUUUAUCUUGGCAAUGUUGGAAAUGGAGCUGCAAUGAAACUCGUUGUCAAUAUGAUCAUGGGCAGUAUGAUGGCAUCCUUUUCUGAAGGCUUACUCCUCGGUGAGAAGGUUGGCCUUGAUCCAGAUGUACUGGUGCAGGUAGUUUCACAGGGUGCCAUUAGUGCUCCAAUGUACUCAAUCAAAGGUCCAUCCAUGAUACAGUCACUUUACCCAACUGCAUUCCCCCUAAAGCAUCAGCAGAAGGAUCUAAGACUAGCCCUGGGAUUAGCAGAGUCUGUUUCCCAACCCACUCCUAUUGCAGCAGCUGCUAAUGAGUUAUAUAAAGUUGCAAAAUCCCAUGGCCUUAGUGAUCAGGACUUUUCAGCUGUCAUUGAAGCAUUAAAAUCCAAAUUUCAGCACUCAGAGACCAAGUGACUUUCUUACAAACAUGUUGAAGUUGAACAGUGUAGCAAGUUAGGCAAAUUGAAUCAAGUAUAGACUUCCACUGUGAGCCUUGCCCAUUUAAAUUCAUUCCCCAAAUGUAUGAUAUAUAUAUAUAUAUAUAUAUA